CCUCUCUCUCUCGCUAAGCAGGAAUGUGUGAUCGGGAGUCCGGUCAGUGCGUACCGCUCCGCUCGUCCGUCUCUGCGCCGCGCAGGAGUAAAUCAUUGAUCCAAAUCUUCGCUUUCACAUGUCGACGAGGAGGAAGUGAUUUGUGUGCGGAUUCUGCAGUCACUUGUCUCAUUUGGUGUUCUUGGAUCCCCUCUUCGCUCGCUCGGAGUCAUUUUCUCCACCUUCUCGGCCGGAGAAAAGUUUGCUUUAAGACCCAAACACAGCUGGCACCAGCAGAUGUAAAGCAGCCUCCCCGCAACAUCGUGCGCACCUUGUAUCGGACGUCUCAUAACAUGGGAAAAGCUAAAGUGGACAAAAUCAGCAUCAGCAAAGCAAACCAGAAAUAAGUGUCCGCCAGCAAAAGCCUGAUUGGGAUCCAGAGUCACUGAGAAGGUGAAGACAGCAAGUGUUAAAUGCUCACUGCAAGCCUUCCAGCGACACAGCAACUGCUCAUUUAACUGCUGUCCUGCUCAGUGGCUGUAUUUACGAUGGCGUCCAGUCUGACGUGCACGGGCGUUAUCUGGGCCCUGCUGUCCCUGCUGUGUGCCGCUGCCUCCUGCGUUGGCUUCUUCAUGCCCUACUGGCUGCUGGGAACGCAGAUGGACAAGCCCGUGUCCUUUGGCACUUUCCGCCGUUGCUCCUACCCGGUACGAGACGAGGAGAAGCAGAUCACGGUCAUGCUGGAGCAGUGCGGGCGCUACGCCUCCUUCCACGGCAUCCCGAGCCUGCACUGGAGGAUCUGCACGGUGGUGACGGGCGUCGGGUGCGGCCUCCUCCUGCUUGUGGCCCUCACAGGUCUGAUGGGCUGCUGCAUCUCUGACCUCAUCUCUCGUACGAUUGGUCGUGUGGCUGGUGGCAUCCAGUUCGUUGGAGGUCUGCUCAUUGGGUCGGGCUGUGCUCUCUAUCCCCUGGGAUGGGACAGUGAAGAAGUCCAGCAGACCUGCAGCAACAGCUCAGACCAGUUUAAACUGGGUUCCUGUCAGAUCGGCUGGGCGUACUACUGCACGGGCGCCGGCGCGGCCACCGCCAUGCUCCUCUGCACCUGGCUCUCCUGCUUUGCCGGGAAGAAGCAGAAGCAUUACCCGUAUUGACCAGCGAAUCGGAGACAAAAGGGACAGGCUGAGACCUCGGGCGGUACGACUAAAAGGGAGGGCCCUCCGACUGCGUGGACUCAGACUAGUACAGCACACCAGGCGCCAAAGACGGCAAGCCGUUUCGGUGCUCUGCACAAUCCUCGGGACGCGUCUCCGCUGACGACUGCAGAGACUGUUUCAUAAUGCAGCACACACACACGGCUCUGAAAAGUUCUCGUAAAAAGAUGUUCCUAAAUGACAGAUGUAUGGACCAAGAUUAUUAGUAAAGUUGUUACAUUCUGUUUUUCUUUUAUUUCUUUGAUCGAUAUCUCCCACGGGCAUCAAUGUUCAUGUGAUUGUGUGGCCUGUAAAGAGCAGAAAAUAUAUUCCCUUAUUAUUCCCAGAGUGUUCCCAUGUCCUAUGUGUCUCCCAUUCUUGCCUUAAACAACCUGAAAUGCAAUAAUACCUGUGAUAAUGUAAAGCAGUCCAGAAAACUGGCCGCCCGCCUCCUCGGCUCAGCCUUCUUUUUUUUUUUUUCAGAUUUCACAGAUUUAAGCAGAGUUUAUUUAACACGUUCAUAAGAUAUACAAUGUGUACUGUAUUGUAUUUUAUCACGUUAUCACGUGUUUUGUAUUCACUCUCAGAUUAUUCUUGGUCAUGCUUUUUUUGUUUUUGUAAAUACAUGUUUAAUUAAAUCCUGCUUUCAA